AAAUGUUUUCGGGGCACCACGAACCUCACUCCAACUUAACUAGUCUGAGUACUCUCCCUCUCCCUUUCUCUCCUGAAGAGUUUGCUAAAACCCUGCUUUCUAGGGUUUUUCCUUCCAUUUUCAGCUUUAGCUCGAACUGAACUCAUUUCCCUUUUCUUUUCUGCUCAGCAAUUGCUUUCUAAGGAAAAAAACACCUCCACCAUGCUUUGACUCGACCAGUAAUCGAAGGAUGAAGGUGCUGCGUUUUGCUGCGUUUUUGGUAGCUUUCACUACUCUCAUGGUCGUCGGCAAAACGACGUCACAUUUGAGCCCCGGACCUCACGUCACCGAUGUCAAUAUUCUGUUGCCUCCUAAAAUGACGCGUCCCGUCGAGUAUCGCCUCCAAGGAAGUGAUGGCUGCUUUAAAUGGUCAUGGGAUCAUCACGAUAUUCUGUCAGUUAUACCUGAGUAUAAUUUAAGCUACAGCCACUGUUCAACCAGUGCACGGUUGAUAUCAAUUGCUCCCUUUACCGGUCGGAAGGAGACAGCUAUUUAUGCUGCUGAUGUACACACUGGCAUUGUGAUUCGCUGCAAGGUCUUUAUUGACAAUAUUUCCAGAAUCCAGAUAUUUCACAAUUCUAUAAAACUUGAUUUAGAUGGUCUUGCUACUCUCCGAGCUCGCGCCUUCGAUCGUGAAGAUAAUGUGUUUUCGUCAUUAGCUGGAUUACAAUUCAUGUGGCAGCUGAUGCCUGAAACGGAUGGAUUGCCGCACCACCUUGUCCAUGUUCCUCUCAGGGAUUCUCCGCUCAGUGAUUGUGGUGGUUUAUGUGGUGAUUUGAACAUCCAAAUAGAACUUGAAGAUAGUGGUGUAUUCUCGGAUUUGUAUGUUGUGAAAGGAGUUGAAAUUGGCCAUGAGAAUGUUUCGGUGCAUUUGCUUGAGCCACAAUUUAAGCACUUGGCUGAUAAGAUUGUUCUAACUGUGGCAGAAGCCAUGUCACUUGAACCUCCCUCACCUGUUUUGGUCCUCAUUGGUGCUGCCUUUCGAUAUACGCUUAAAGUUAUUCGUGGGAAUAUUCUGCAAGUGGUUGCUCUUCCAUCUCCACAUCAUAGGUGGUCUGUUUUGAACUCUUCGGUUGCUGAAGUGGACCACUUGUCAGGCUUUGCUCAGGCACUGAGCUUAGGGGUAACAUCUGUCAUUGUCGAAGAUACCAGAGUUGCUGGCCAUAUGCAAGUUUCAUCACUUAAUGUGGUUCUACCUGACACUUUGUGCUUAUAUAUAAUGCCCUUGCCUGUUUCUGGUGAUCCUGUUGAUGGAUUGAAAGCCAUUCCAUCCUUGGCACGUUGGUUUGUUGUUUCUGGUCGUCAAUAUAUUAUUCAAAUGAAGGUUUUCUUGGGGGGACCUGAUGCGCAAGAAAUCUAUAUUACAGAGAGUGAUGACCUUAAGUUGCACCAUGAGCAGUCUGAAUACUGGACAAUUUUCAUGUUAUCAGAGGAUAUUGUGGUCAAAUAUGGCUUGCGAAAUUCCAGAAUUCUGAGAGCAAUUUCCCUUGGUCAAGGAAAACUAACAGCUUCUUUAACUUAUUUUAGUGGGCUCUGGGAGAGAAAAAAGGUUCUUAGUGCUGCGCAAGAAAUUAUGGUAUGUGAUCAAGUGAAGUUCAGUUUGGAUGGAGCAAGUGGUACACAUCAGACUAUUCUUCUUCCCUGGACUCCUACUAUUUACCAGGAGGUGGAGCUAAAGGCAACAGGAGGCUGUGCAAAAACAUCCAGUGAUUAUAAAUGGAUUUCUUCAGACACGUCUACUGUGUCAAUAUCUCCAUUUGGGGUACUUCAGGCAAAAAAGCCUGGUAAAGCAACUGUCAGAGUAGUGUCCAUUUUUGAUUCUUCUAAUCAUGACGAGGUGGUCAUUGAAGUUUCUGUGCCAUCAUCUAUGAUUAUGCUUCAAAACUUCCCUGUAGAGACUGUUGUAAGAUCACAUCUUCCAGCUGCCGUAACAAUGAAAGCAUCAGAUGGUUCCUAUUAUUAUAGAUGUGAUGCUUUUCAUCUAUUCGUAAAAUGGAAAGUUGGAAGUGAGUCUUUCGUCAUUGCCAAUGCAACAGAGGAGGCACUUAUUGCAGAUAAACUGGGGGCUUUUCACCUCCAUGAAUCAGUUUAUGGUCCACCAUGUUCAUGGGCCUAUAUAUAUGCUUCCGGUCCUGGGCAGACCAUGCUGCAGGCAACAUUGUCGAAAGAACAUCACUUGGAUCAAUCGUUUCAUGGAUCCAUUAUUUUGAAGGCAUCAUCACGUAUUGCAGCAUAUCCACCACUUACAGUGCAUCAGGUAGUAGAUGGAAGCCAAUUUGGUGGGUAUUGGCUUGAUUUGGGUCAUGUUGAAGCAAGCAAUCACCUGGAGCCUUUGAAGAGCUUGUAUCUUGUCCCUGGAACAAGUUUAGAUAUCAUGCUUCUUGGUGGACCAGCACCAUGGGACAAAGAUGUUGACUAUCUUGAAACUGUGGAAAUAUCAGGUGACAAGCAUGCUUCCAGUAAAGAUGGAAUUCAUGUACGUCAGAUUUCUGGCAGCUAUCAGAGUAUGUACAGAGUUUCAUGCCAAACUCUGGGGAUAUUUGAUUUGGUUUUCAAACGCGGGAAUUUGGUUGGAGAUGACCACUCUCUGCCUGCAAUAGCAGAAGUUGCUUUGUCUCUUACAUGCAGCUUUCCAUCUUCAAUUGCACUUAUCGUUGAUGAACCUGUUAACAGACAUGAUGCCAUAAGGCUCGCAUCUCUUGCUGACCGUAGCACAGGACAAAUCCGCACCACCCCUGUUACUGUGGCAAAUGGGCAAACCAUUAGGGUGGCUGCAGUUGGCAUAGGUGUUUCUGGAGAAGCUUUUGCAAACUCAUCUUCUCUUUCUCUGAGGUGGGAGUUGAGCAGCUGUGAAGGACUGGCAUAUUGGUGGGCUGAUGCUUAUGAGUCGCAGAGAUUGAAAUCCAGCUGGGAGAGGUUCUUAGUCUUGCAAAAUGAAUCAGGACAAUGUAUUGUUCGUGCCACUGUUAUUGGUCUUGAUGAUGCCCUCGGUAGUCAUUAUCUGGCUCAGUUGCGAAGUCUAGAGAAUGUUCUUACAGAUGCUGUAAAGUUGCAGCUUGUUUCUUCUUUGAGAGUGAAUCCAGAGUUCAACUUGUUGUAUUUCAAUCCCAAUGCUAAGGUAAAUCUUUCAAUUGCUGGAGGGAGCUGUUUAUGGGAAGCUGUUGUGAAUGAUUCUCAAGUGGUAGAAGUUGCUCAGCCCCCACCAGGCUUACAAUGCUUUCAGUUGAGGCUCCUUCCUAAAAUGUUGGGGACUGCACUUGUGUCAAUAUCUGAUAUUGGGCUUAUUCCUCCUACUUCAGCUUCUGCUGUGGUUCAAGUGGCUGAUGUGGACUGGAUUAAAAUAGUAUCAGGAGAACAAAUAAGUCUCAUGGAAGGACAGUCACAGCCCAUACAUUUAAUGGCGGGGAUUAAGGAUGGGAAUUCUUUUGACUCUAAUCAGUAUGCGUACAUGAAAAUUCAUGUGCACAUCGAGGAUCCUAUAGUUGAACUUGUUGAGAAGAAUGGUAUGCCUAGUGAUGCCGGUGGAUAUGUUAAUGCUCCAAACUUUACGAUCAAUGCCAAAGAUCUUGGAUUCACAACACUUUAUGUUAGUGUUAGACAGCAAUCUGGACAUGAAAUAUUGAGUCAAUCAAUAAAGAUAGAAGUAUAUGCACCACUGAGAAUUCAUCCAGAUGAUAUUUUCCUGGUACCAGGUGCUUGUUACAUGCUUGCUAUGAAAGGGGGCCCAACAGUUGGCGUAUAUAUUCAGUAUGCUUCAAUGGAUGAUGGAAUAGCAACAGUGGACAAAUCUUCAGGACGACUUUGUGCAAUUUCUCCUGGAAACACUACAAUCCUUUCCUCGGUGUUUGGGAAUGGAGGUGUUGUGGUAUGUCAAGCAAAUGGUAGCAUUUAUGUUGGAGUUCCUUCUUUGUCAAUGUUGAGUGCACAAAGCGAUAAGCUUGAUGUUGGCCGUGAGAUGCCGAUAUAUCCAUCAUUUCCUGAGGGUGAUUUAUUCUCAUUUUAUGAGCUCUGCAGAAGUUACAAGUGGACCAUAGAUGAUGAAAAGGUAUUGAGUUUCAACAUGGCAGAAAGCUCAAAUGUUGAAAAGCACUGGUUCCCAUUGGAUGAUGAGCUGGAACUUGAUUUUAUUAAAGUCUUACAUGGAAGAUCUGCAGGCAAGGCAAAUAUCACAGUUACAUUCUCUUGUGAUUUCGUUUCCACUUCGUUCUCACAGUCGAGGCUAUAUGAUGCUUCUUUAUCACUAUUGGUUGUGCCUCCUCUCCCUCUUGCUCUUGGAGUUCCAAUGACAUGGCUUCUUCCUCCUCAUUAUGUUACAUCUAGCCUUUUGCCUUCAUCUUUGGAAUCGCAUGGUCAGCAAGAUGCUCAGAGUCGUAGAGGAACAAUUAUCUAUUCGUUAUUAAGUUGUGAAAAGAAUGAAGUUUGGAAAAAAAAUGCAAUUUCUAUAGAUGGAGAUAGAAUAAAAACAACUGAGAGUAACAAUCUUGCAUGCAUACAAGCCAAAGAUCGAACCACUGGAAGAACUGAGAUUGCAUCUUGUGUCAAGGUCGCUGAGGUGGCUCAAAUAAGAAUAAUGAAUAGGGACCCCCCUUUCCAUGUAAUUUAUCUUGCUGUUGGUGCCAACCUUGAUCUUCCAAUAAGCUAUUUUGAUGCUUCAGGGAAUCCCUUUUAUGAAGCAUAUGACGUCAUUUCCUAUCAUGCUGAAACCAACUAUCAUGAAAUUGUCUCCGUUGUACAUACAAGAAAUGGCAAUGGGACUAUCCAUCUGAAGGCAAUGCAAACUGGUAGAGCUCUGGUGCGAGUAUCAAUGAACAGUAAUCCACAAAAGUUUGACUAUAUACUGGUUUCAGUUGGUGCUCACAUAUAUCCCCAAAACCCUGUCCUUCAACAUGGGAGUUCUCUUAACCUCAGUGUAAUAGGCAUUAAUGAUCAAGUUUCUGGCUGCUGGCAUAGUGCUGAUGAAAGAGUUGUUUCUGUAGACAUGCGAUCUGGAAAAAUUGAAGCAUGUGGAAUAGGUUCAACCCAUGUAUUUUUUGAAUGCCCAAGCAUGAAAUUGCAAACAGAAAUUACAGUGCUAUCAGGAGAUAUUGUUUCUAUUCAUGCCCCAAAAGAGAUCCUAACAAACAUUCCUUACCCAGCAAAAGGAUAUAGCUUCCCUUUGAGCUUAAGUGAUACUUACAAUAAGCUUGAAACUCUUGGAAACGGUAAGGGAGUAUCAUACAACUGCAAGGUUGAUCCUCCUUUUGUGGGGUAUGCAAAGCCAUGGAUGGAUCUUGAAUCUGGGAAUUCCUAUUGCCUGUUCUUCCCAUAUUCACCAGAGCACUUGGUGCAUUCUGUACCCAGGUUGAAGGACAUGAGACCGUAUGUAUCUAUUUCUAUAAACGUAUCACUCAGAGAAGCCAGCCAUGUCUCUGGAUCUGCAUCAGCAAUUUUUAUUGGAGGGUUUUCAAUAUUAGAAAUGGACAAGAGUUCAAUGCAACUGAACCUGACACCAGAUUCCAACAAGACUACUAUAACCAUCUUGGGAAAUACAGAUGUUGAAAUCCACUGGCUUGAUCGGGAUUCAAUGAAGAUUGGUCUUGUCCACAAGGAAGAUUUUGGGAUAGGUGGCCGUGCACAAUAUGAGGUCGAAGUGCUGAGAGCCAAAAGAUUGGAAGAUAGAAUCACCAUCACUCUCCCAGCCAAUGGUCAGAGAAUGGAAAUACACGUUACUUAUGAACCUGAUGCAAAAACGGAGGCAAAAACUAGCUUUGCAACCUUCAUUGGGCUACUAUUAGCUGGAUGUGUGAUCCUUUAUGUAAUUUAUCUAGGCUGUUCCUUGCUUAUCUCUGGGAUAUCCAGCAUAAAUGUGCCCUCCACCACCCCUGCCACUCCACCUAGUGCAGCACCACAGACACCUGCUCGUGGCAGUCCUGUCUUGACUGAGCAGUCACCUCGAACACCUCAGCCAUUUGUAGAUUAUGUAAGGAAGACAAUAGAUGAAACUCCCUACUACAAGCGAGAUGUUAGGAGGAGGUCUCAUCCACAGAAUACUUACUAGACUCCUCUCUCUCUCUCUCUGUGUUCUGGUGAUUCGGAUUAGGGAAUUUGUUAAUCAAAAUUUGUUAGGUAUUGUUUACCUGUUGGGCAAUUGUAUCGCAAUUUUGGUAAUGGGAUCAAGUUAGAUGAUGAAUAUGUUUUUGCCUAGAUCCACAGCUUCGGUGAGAUUGUUGUAUUUGUGGAUUGCGUUGUCUUCUGUUCCUGUAUUGUGGUCUCAUAUCCACGAUGUGGUCAAGUUCAGACAUGUAUUUUUCUAAAUAAUUUUCCAAGUUUUUAC